UCCAACAGGGUGCUGAUUGGCCAUCUGUCCACGCGGGAAACCGCUUAUAAGCUCCGCCAUUGGAAGGCGCAUGGAAAAGUCUUGAGACGGGAUUGAAGAGUGCGGCGUCUACAGCUCAGUCCGCUCACCAAGAGGGUUCGGUUCGGUUCGGUUCGGUUCGGUUCGGUUCGGACUGCGCCUCGCUCUUCAGUACGGCUGCCAGCGAGGCUCUGGAGAGCGCAAUGAUGUUCCACCAGCGUCAGGUGCUUUUUCUCGCCUUCGUGUGCUGCCUCUGCACCUUGUCAUUAAGUUCAGGUUCGCCUCCACUGUCCGUGGCCUGCCCUGAGCGCCCUGCUUUGAGCAAGAUCCCCCUCUUGCUGAAAAGCCUCUGUGGAGUGGAGUUUGAAAACCCUAAUGAGGGCCAGAUUCAAGAUGUGUACAAAAGGUUCCUUUUUCAUUAUUCCAAAUCUCGAGAUCCAAGUCAGGAAAUACAAACCCAGUCCCAUCCUGUCCAUCCUUUAAUGCGACUUGCUCCAAAACUCUCAGAGAGGACAAAGAAGCAGAUUCUUCAUCCGCUGCAGGUCAUUUUCUUGAAUCCCUUGCAAGAAAGAAAACACCAGCCUGAAUUCUUCCUUAGAAAUUUGUAAAUACUAUAACGGAACUAAAAUUGUACAGAAAUUACAACAAUCCCAUAAUCCCAAAACAAUUCCUUUUUAAAAAAACGUUUAAUUUCUAUCGAUUUACAAUGCCAACUGUGAUACGUGUUGAAAAAAAUAAAAGAAUGAAAAUGG